GGUCUGUUGGGUGAAUGGAAUUCCUACCAGUUUCAAAGCUCACCUUCCUUUUCUGCUUCCUACUGGGUGUUCAUUUAGCAAUUUAACCUGCAAUGGAAACAUCCAACCUUCCAUCCACCAGGAACAAACAGAAGAUGAUGGAAUACACCACGCUCCCACAAACUGUUGGUAGCCCCAGUGGAUUUAAAGACCAACCCAGUGUCCUGUCUUCUGUGGCUGCGGGCUUGCUUGCCAUCUUCUUCGUCACCGCUCUCCUCUUCACUCUGUGGUUCUGGAAUAAAUGGAAAAAACAACGGGUAUCUUACUUCCGGGUCACUGUUGUUCCCUUGGUGACACUGUCUCAAUCCAGAGAACGCGCAAAGAACAUCUAUGGUUUUCUGCCCCAAAGCCAAGCAAGGCCUGGUCGGCGUCACUCAAGAAACAUUCGUAUUUUCAGCACGGAGAGUCUCAUUCCCAGAAAUUCAAACAAUCCUGACUCUGAGCAUGUGUUCUCACCAAGAGUUCAUGUCCUCCAGUCAUGCAGAGCCAGUGUCCCUGCUGUUGGAUAUGAAAUUGGCAUCUAUGACAACACUGCUAUAUCCCAGGUCCAUGGGAACCUCAUCCAUGCAGUAGACUAUGUCAAUGUUGGGGCAUCCAUAGAAAGCAUGAGCACCUCUUCAGAGGAUUCACAGGAUUAUGUCAAUGUGCCCAGUGCCAAAGAAGUUUCCAGUAAUCCAGGCGCAAUGAACAUCUUGUCUGUGACUCUCCAGGACCCUCAAACAUCUGAGGAGAGUAAACCCAGUGUAGAAAGAGACAGCAGCUCUAGGGAUGAACACUCUAGCCUUGAGGACAGUGACUAUCAAGGGGAUGCAGAAGGUUCUUCCCAGUCCUCCAAUGACUACGUAAAUGUGCCAGCAGCAGAUAAGGAGGAGGAUCAGGACAGACAACACUGGAUGACCUUUCAAGACUUUCGGGCUUAUGACAAUGUCCUAUGGGCUGAGCCUAAUAGGAAAAAGCCACAUGCAGGGGAAGGGUUGACAUCAACAAAUAUAGGAGGCAUGCUGGGUUGGACUCCCAGUGUCCCUUUUGAUGGUCAAUGUGAAGAGCCAAGAGAGAACUCACUUGACUUCUGGGAUUAUGAGAAUAUUGAGCCAUUAGAACAGGAUGGAAACAACCAAGAGACAUCUGGAGAAAUGGAUAGUGAAGACUCUGAUGACUAUAUCAAUGUGCCAGCAAUGGCUGAAGAGGGGAAGCUCAACGUUGAGCACGGAAAUGAGGCAAAGGCACUGAAUACCGAGCAGAAGCUCACCAACCAGGAUGGAGACUUUAACUUCUCUAACCACAUAGCAGUGACUUAACUCAAUGAAGGACUGAGAAUUUUUCAAUAUGAGCCAUCUGGUGAAAGGUGGAAAGAGGUGAUGAGUGGGCAAAAGGAACUGUGUGAAAGUGGUGGUGGAUGGGCAAAAGCAAGAAAGGAACUGCUUUUGAGCAGUUGGAGCCUGGCGGAAAGAGCAUAGACCUGCAAGCCGGGAGAACCAGGGAUGAGCUCUGCUUCUACCAAGUUCAUGUGUCAUUUGUAAGUUACCUCCCUUUACCGCAGUUUUGUAUCUGCCAAAUGGGCAUAAUAAUGAUGGUAUGUGGCCUACCUACCUAAGAAGAAGUGUGGUACAGCAGAAAACACCAUAUAUUUGGCGUCGAAGGAUUUGGGUCCAAUUGCGUCUGUCCUUGGGCCUAAUACCAGCAAAGCCAGGCUUAUGUGUGGGCUUGGGAAAAUAACAGCCUCUCAGGGCCUGCUUCCUCAUCUGUAGAAUGAGGGGUUGGACUACCCCAUAUGGGGUCACAACCCACAGUUUAAGAAGCACUGAAGGGGGCGUGAGUGGGAAAAGUUUAAGAAGUCCUGGACUAGAUGAUUUCUAGGGUCCUUCCAGUCCCAAAUCUAUAACCCCGCCCCUCAAACCUCCCAUGAGAAUGUUCUAAUAAUGGAAAAGCACUUUAUAGAGGGGUAAUGCAAAUAGAAGGAAUGAUCAUUCCAAGCCAGUGACAUUACUAAUGCCCACCCCAAAAAACACACCAUUAACAAUGUUGCUACAGGUACAUUUUGAAGUUAAGAUAUUACAAGCACACUCCCUUAUAAAAAUUGCCCCAAUUAUGUUUUCGGUCUCUGGCUCCUAAUCUCCACUUCCCAGGAGAGCUGCUCCAGUUUUACUGUUUCACCUAAAGCUGGCUUUUCAUGGACUCAAUUAAAGCUAUUAGGUGGAUCUGCCUACAUGUAGAAGUCUAGGAAAGGUUGGAAAGACUAAACUAGGGGGAAGUUUUCAUUUGGUCCAUUUGUAUGAUCAUGUGCUCUUCUUAGAAAGGAGCCAAGCUAGAAAAGAGCCCAAUCUGGUGAACCAAGAUCAAGGGCACAGAAUUCUACAUUCCCUACCACACUGCUUUGACUUGAGCAAAUUUGAGUCCACCCGGGCCUUAGUUGCUUCAUCUGUAAAGCUGGGGAUAACAAAGAAGGCAUGUGUUUGUAAUUGCAUUGACAUCAUUUGUAUAUGUCAAUAUACACAUAUUUUUCACAUAUAUUUUCACAUAUAAGGUCCAUCACUCUAACUGGAUUGUAAGUUUAUGAAGGGCUGGGAUCCUUUUAUAAUUUCUUUGUAUCAUCCGUAGUAUCUUAUACAUGCUACAU